UAAAAUGCUUCUAAGGUUUUUGUUGUUAAUUGCGUCCGUUAGUCAUAUUCUUGCAACUGAGUCGUGGAAGAAACCUGGUUGUCAUCGAAUUGGCCAUACGAGAAACAUUAGCAUACCAGACUGCGUCCAGUUUAAGAUCACGACGAAUGCGUGUAGGGGUUUCUGCGAGUCAUGGUCUCUGCCAAGCAUUAUGCUUGGUUUCAAACGUCAUCCAGUAACAUCACUAGGGCAGUGCUGCAAUAUCAUGGAAUCAGAGGAUGUACCGGUGAAAGUGCUAUGUUUAGACGGCGAAAGGAAUUUAAUAUUCAAAUCAGCAGUUUCCUGCGCCUGCUAUCAUUGUCAAAAAGAAUGAUAAAAUCUCAACUCUUUUAUACAAGUAUGUUAUGAUUUAAUUCAGUAAGUUCUU